UACGGUCCGGAAACCGAUUCUAUCGAGGGUGACAUUCGCGGUGACACGCGGGUUUCCGGUACCGCGUUCUCUGUGUCGGGGUUACGCUCCCCGGGAAACGGCAUGCUCAACAACAUCUCUGCCGCCGGUUCCAUACACGGUAUUUCCGGAACGAAGGAUCUUCAUGCGCAGGACCUGAAGAGGCACGAGAAGUUGGACGGCGUGCUGGGAGUGAAUUUGGGGACCGGGUUGUCCGCCAGCGGUGGCCUCACGAUUCAUCAAGAAUUAAUCAUGACCAUGCCUGGCGCUGGAAACGCAACGGGGCUCGGACCAGGCGAUGACAAGCCUGUAAAGCAGAAACGACAUCGGACAAGGUUCACGCCAGGCCAAUUAAACGAGCUCGAGAGGUGUUUCAAUAGAACGCACUACCCAGACAUUUUUCUCAGGGAGGAGAUCGCUGUGAAAAUCGGUCUCACAGAAAGUCGAGUUCAGGUGUGGUUUCAAAAUCGUCGGGCGAAGUGGAAGAAGCGGAAGAAGGCGGCGCCAGUGUUCCGGACGUCGGGCACGUUGCUGCCAUCGCACGGUCUGCCUCCGUUUGGCCCGAUGAGCUCCGACCUCUGCGCCGCCGGGAUGUUUCAUGGACCCGCUGAAAGAUGGGGAAUGGGAACAGGUCUCGGACAAUUGGGGCAGGGAGGCAUGGAAAUGGGCGGUUUCGGGCAAAGUUUAGGACAACUUGGCCAGCAAAGCACGAGGUGCCUCGGCUCGAGCUUGGGUCUUGGUAAUUCUGGUCUCCCGAUCAGCAGUCCGUCGCAGACCGUCUAUCAAGCUAGUUACGGACUCAAUUCCCUUGGAGGUGUGCACGUGACGGCGUCCCGGGGCUCCCCACCGGGUGGAUCGAGCGUGGGUCAGGGUGGCGGGUUAGGCUCGGCCUUGAACUGCGGCCAGGGAUCGCCGGGGACGACUCCCGGCAGCGGAGGCGGCGGCGGCGGUGUUUCCUGCGUGGCCGCCGAUGUAAACGCGACCGAAGCAUCGGAUUGGAGAGGCGCCCACAGCGUCGCGGCGCUCAGGCGUCGCGCCUCGGACACGUCGCUGCAGUACAGUCCACAACCGCCGCCGCCUGCAGGGCAACCGCAGUACGCCGACAACAUGCAGUACAAUUCCGUUUACUGA